UGCAGGCUGAGUUGGGAGAUCGGGAGAAUAUGAUAUCAGGAGAUCUGGUUCCCCAGUGUUGGCAGGCGCCUGCCACCGAAAUGCAUCACGAAAUAUUUGUGAUCGGAUUUCCUCCUUUUCAAUUUAUUUUUCCUUAUAAAAGCACCGAGGCAUUCACUCUUCUUCACUCUCCACUUCACCAAACACCUUCCCCACUUUGGCCAGAGAGAGAGUGGGAACGAGAGAGAGAGAGGUUCCGGAUUUUCACCCGGAGCCGGUUCUCUUUCUUUCAGAGGUCAUCGUCCUCGGUGGGUUUCGGCGUUUCUAGCAGAGAAAGAGGGAGAAAAAGAGGUGUUUAGUCCUUGGACGAUCACAUUUGGUUGGAUCUUUUGUAUCUGAUUUCAUGAAAGCAUGAAAGGCAUGGCUUCAUCUUCGGGUUUGUCACACAAAGGUUCCAGUGACGAAGAUAAGCCCCACGUACUGGCUGUCGAUGACAGCCUUAUUGACAGAAAAUUCGUCGAGGGUCUGCUGAGGAGAUCCUCUUACAAGGUAACCACGGCCGACAGUGGAUCAAGGGCAUUGGAGUACCUGGGACAAAUACAAGAUGCAAACGGCUCCAAGGUAAAUCUGAUAAUAACAGAUUAUCAAAUGCCUGGCAUGACUGGAUAUGACCUGCUGAAAAGAAUCAAGGAAUCUUCUGCUCUAAGAGAAAUUCCAGUUGUGAUCAUGUCAUCUGAGCAUGUCCCCACGAGAGUCAACCGGUGCUUGGAGGGCGGGGCCGAGGAGUUUAUAUUAAAGCCACUUCAGCAGUCGGACGUGAAAAGGCUAAGGGGCCAUAUAGCUCAUGUGGGCCAAGGAUGUAGCGGAAGGCACUGUCGAGGAAGAUGAGCGGCCAGAAAUUAUUCCACUAAGAUCACGAUGCCCUGUUCUGUUUUCUGGGAAUUCACUGUGGUCACGAUGCCCUGUUCUGUUUUCUGGGGAUUCACUGUGGUCGUAGGAAAAAAAUGGAAAAUUUUCCGUGUUAGUUGAGAUGUGUUAUUAUAGAAAUCAACUGCGAGAAUCCCCGAUUAGAUCAUAGAAUCCGGGAGGAUCUCAUGAAAAUGAUGCAUCUUUAGGAAUUUUUACAUUUUUUAGGAAGUUCUCAACAAUUAAAUUUCUUAGUUUGAAUAGAGAGGAAAAUAUUGGCUUUUUUUUAUUUGAAAAUAAUCUCUCCCGAUCCCGUCA